UUAAAAGUUUCUCUUUUUGAGACAGUUUUCGUUUGAUGGUCAUGAUUGUUGUAUCAACAACAAUUGCGCCAAUUUGAGUAUUUUUUUUUUUAAUUUAAUAACAAGUGCAUAUUUUAAAUAAAUAAAAAUUUGCAUUAUCAAAUAAAAAAUAAACGUUUUCAACUGAGAAAAAACAAAACAAGUGCAAUGAAAACAAUGCAUUUAAUAAUAAUUAGUUGAGUACAAAACAUUUAAAACAAUUUAGAAAAGAAACAUAUGCGAAGAGGAAGUGUUAAUAUAAAAAAAAAUGGUGCAAAAUAGGAAUAUAUCUUCUACAGCUAGAGAUACUGUAGAAAACUUACAAUUCAUAAGCAAGGAAUUCGAGGAUAAAGUUUUCAAAGAGGCUCCCUUGACAGCUUUGAGUACAGAUACUUUGAAAAAGCUGUCAAAUUUACUAAACAAUUUAAUGAUUCUACAUUCAGAUAAUGGUUAUGAACGUGAUUGGCGUGGUUUGGCCACCUUAACAGAGCAGAGAAAUUUGUAUGAUGUCAAUAAUAUGGUCAGCAAUGAUCCUUUAAAGAAAGUCAUAGAAUUAUGGUGUGAAAAUAAACCAGAUGCAGCGACAUUUGGUAACUUAAUAACAUUCUUAGGACUUAUUGAUCGUUGGCAUGUGAUCGAAGAUUUGCAAGAGAAUUUCUUACACGAUUUUCGUAAUUAUAAAGAAUCAAAAGAACAACAAACGACUAGUUCAACUUGUAAGCAAACACCAAAUAAAGUAGUACAACUUCCAAGCAAAAUAAAUGAAAACAGUGCUGUAACUAAAGAAGAUAAUUUAGUACAAAUACCAUUCUCAACUAAUGAAAACAGUUCAAUAAAUUCUGCUUCCAGAAGUGAGAAACCAGUAAGUGAGAGUGAAAGUUUUACUUACGAAUCGGAAUCUAAAGUUUUAACAAGCAGCGAUGUUCAACGUUAUAAACAAGGCCUACCUUUGCUCAAAUAUGAUGCCUUUGUCUUAUACGCCGAUAUGAACUACGAUUAUGCUUUAGAGAUUUUGCUUAAGCUACAAAAUAAUCCUGUUUAUAAUUUUAAAUUUUGUUUAAAAGAUGAUCUACUAUUUGGCAUACCUUUUGAACAUAUCGCAUUAAUGGAAUUAAUACGUGAACGUUGUAAUUUUUUAAUAGCAAUUCUAACUAAAGAAUUUACCAGAAGUCCAGAAAAUCGUUUCUUUGUCAAUUACGCCCAAGCUUUGCAAAUAAAGCAUGAGAUACGUAAGGUAAUACCUCUGAUGUAUGAGGAAAAUGUCGAAGUACCCGCUAAUUUGGCCAUGUUCUCACGUAUGCGUUACAAUCCCAAUCGUACUGAUUUGUAUUGGUCGAAAUUGGCCGAUUCUAUGCAAUUGAUGCAGUUAAAUGAAGGAGUGGCAACAUUUUCAGCAACUUUUCAAAGGAGUAUUGUUAGUGGUAGACCUCAACAAACUAGAAAUUUGGGCAUAGAAACUCAAAAUCUUCAUAACAAUUUAACAGUCGCUCCUACCGCCUGCUCAUCGUCAAGUGUUAAAAAAGAAGUUAGAAAACGAAAAUCUACAUCUAAACCAAAUCGAGUUAAAUUGAAAGAAGCAUCAUUAAAGAAUAUAAAUGAAAUAGACAAUUAUUCUAAUGUUUCAAGUAGUUGCAGCAGUAAAGAGUCUAGAGGUAUUUUAAGAAAACUAUUUUGUUGUCGUUAAUAAAAUUUUAUUUUAAACAG